CGAUCGUCACUCUGUGAGCUGUUCUGGCGAAGUGUGUUAAGGAACCGAUUUUCAGCCAAAGUAUUAUGACGAUAAUAAAAUACUGAAAUGCCAGACAAUGUGAAAAUCAAUUGAUAUCACACCGCAAUUGUCGAAAUGGAGAGAUUGUGCAAACGCCGUGAGAAUUUCAACACGAAAAUAAUGAUAACAAAUUCACUAACCUGCUGAUGUUAAUUUGGCAACGGGGCUUUGAAUGAAUACCUAAUAUAUUCAUGAUCUGUCGCCAUCGACUCGCUCGCUGUGAUCAUGUGGAGACUGAUGUGCUUCCGACUUCCGUCGAUGCCCCGCAGGGUUCUUCUGCGGAGGGUCUUGCCCGUCGUUUUGAGCGUCGUGGUCAUGGCCGUCCUCAUGUUUCAAGGAGUCUUCGAUCUGAUGCAAGUGUCUCACGCACCGUCCGCGCUCGCCCUCAAUCCCUCCUUCCAUCACGCCCUCAAGCGAGCCUUCCGUAACGCCACGCCGCCCGACGACUUCCCGUUCGAGUACUUGAUCAACGAACCCGAGUUCUGCAGCAGCAAGGAGGACCUCGACAUCAUCAACUUCGUCGGCGUGGCCCCGUGGGAGAAGAGUGCGCGAGAACGCAUCAGGAGGCUCUGGGGCAACAGCACCUGGAGAAGCGUGUCUGGGUUCAGCACCGUGUUCCUGGUGGGGACGACAAACGAAGAGGGCGUCAUGGAGGCGGUGCAGAAGGAGAGCCAGGUGCACAGGGAUAUAAUCCAGGUCUCCUUCCGCGACACCUACGACAAUCUGACCCUCAAGACGCUCUCGGGGUUACAUUGGGUCGACCGCUACUGCACGAACCCAACGUGGGUCCUGAAGAGCGACGCGGAUGUUGUCAUCAACGUCUUUGAACUUAAAGACUUUCUAACGCAGUACGAUGAACGAACCAAUGGCACGAGGCAGCAGCUGAUCUGUAAACGCAGACACUCUCUCAGUCCUUGUCGGAAGGGCUGUCGACACAAGAAGUGGCAGGUCUCGUGGGAAGAGUACCCGCAUUCGCGAUACCCAAGCUACUGUCAAGGGCCCGGGUAUAUUAUUCCUAGACGCCUGGUGGGAAGCAUCUAUCGCGCCGCCAACAAGACCCACCCCUUCCGCAUGGAGGACGUGUACUACACCGGAAUCCUGGCGCAAAAGCUUGGCAUCAGUAAACUGAGCAUCGCCCACCGCUUCCCCUGGCGUCCGAGAGCGUGGCAAGACUCCUUCGUCACCACGGACAUCAUGAUCCUCGAACUGGACAAGGGCGUGGGCAGGGGCGCGUCGACUCUCGUGUGGUCCAACAUCCUUCACAAUAGGGGCUUCAAGGAUGAAUCCUGCGCUAAUGUAACGGGAAACUUUAAGGUGUCCACGUCCUGACGAGCGUAUUUCAACUGAAAAUGUUGUUCGAAGGAUAGUUCAUUUCAAGAAGGAAUUACAUGGAAUCUGACUUUAAUCAUUAUCUCUACUGGGGGUGAUAGCUUUACCCGAUAGGAUAGUGUGUGUGGUUAUUCGUGCCUAUGCACACGAGUAUGUCGCAAAAUAACCUAAAUGUUACAUAUCAAGAAUUUUAAAAAGUGAUCGAAGUGCAGCUGUACAGACCUUAUACUGAUAUUUUUAAUGCAUGUCAGGUGUUUAUGUCCGACGAGCGACUUGCUGAUAAUACUUCAAAACUCUUACAAAACACACAUAUAUUCUUCCCAUUUUAGUCACGUAUUUUAAAACGUGAUUGUUUUGUCUGAUAUCUUACUUCUAAUUAAAGUAUAUUACAUAUUCA